GAAUGUUAUUUCUGACCCUUCCAGUCCUUCCUCAGGUACGCUCUCGCUUCUUUUCUGGUCCAUAAAAGCAAACACCUUUCCGUUCCCAUCCCCUCCCCCGCGUCCAACCAUGGCGCUCUCCCUCUCCGAUCUCUCCUUCGGCCCCUCCAAGCCAUCGCUCGGGGGAUUCGGCCCCGAUCUCUCCCGCUGCCGCCACCUCCGCCCCUCCUCCCUCGACCACCGCCUCCCCGCCGACCCUUCCCUCUCGCUCCGCCACUUCAAGAAGAGGAAGAGCCCGAGGAGAAACGGGGACUGCUCGGCUGGCGGCGUUUGUUGGUUCGCGAACGUUAUCACGGCGUCGGCGGACUACUACUCGACUCUCGGAGUUCCCCGGUCCGCUAACAACAAGGAGAUCAAGGCCGCCUACCGAAUAUUAGCUCGCCAGAACAUAGAAAGAUAAGACAGACGGGUCCAUGAACAAAGAUGGUGGAAUUAUAACAGCGAGAAACGCCUCACGCCAAAGUCCAGCCAUGUUGAUAGGACAGUCACAAUCAACCAUGCUGCCUCUGCUAUGAUUCUUCCCCUAACAGCAUUUUAGUAAGACAAAGAAACAAGGUUGUGUAUGUGAAUCGUUCCAUCAGAACAGCCAACUGCAACUACAUCCCAUGCAGGCGAUGCAACACAGCAACAAACAGAUGAAUUCCAGCCUGUGAAUUCAUAAAGUUUUUUCUUGGUGCUGAUGUUCCACAAUUGCAAUGGACCUUCUUGGCUACCAAUGGGCCUGACAGUUUAAGCUUAAAGAAGGGUCCUUCCUCAAAGACAGGGUCUUUGAAUCUUCAUUGGAAGGAUCCACGGUGCCUCACAGUUUCCAAUUCUCUCAAGAGUAUCGAGAGCUUCCCUUCUCAAAAGAUGGCAAUGAUCUUAGAUGCUUUCGUGAAAAGAUACAUGAACAAACUUGCAGAUUUUGUAGAAGGUGAGGCAUCAAUCAUUCUCAACGUGAAGGAUGAGCUCCAGAAGCUUCAGAGAAGACUGGAAAGGAUCGGAGGUUUUCUUGAACAUGCAGAGCGGAAGAGGCAUAUAGACCCAAACAUCAGUAAUUGGGUGAGGGAGUUGAAAGAUAUCAUGUAUGAUGCGGAUGAUAUCAUCGACCUUUGUAUCAUCGAAGGCAGCAAAUUAUUGGAAAGCCGCCAGUCCAUUUCUGCGGUACGCCAUCCCUUCCCUUUAUUUUCUUGCUUCGGUUGUAUGAAGUUCUGCUAUGAAAUUGGUGACAAAAUUAGAGAUCUUAAUAAGAGGCUGGAAGAGAUUACAGAUUAUAGAUCAAUAUUUCCUAAUCUAGGAAACCCUAACCAAUAUGUCCAAGAGAGCGGAGUGAAUCCUCGUCAGACUUUUCCAAUUGAGUCCAAUUCUGAUAUCGUAGGGACACAAAUUGAAGAGGCUACCCAGAGUCUUGUAGAGUCGGUGGUCAAAGAAGAAAAACAAAAAAUCUGGAUUUUGGGGAUUGUUGGGAUGGGUGGAAUCGGCAAAACUACUCUCGCUUCUAAUAUAUACAAUGAUGAAAGAAUAAAAGAAAACUUUCCUAUACGAGUAUGGGUGUGUGUUUCCAAGAUUUUUUCAGAGACAAGGUUGCUGCAAGAGAUAAUUAGGAGCGCAGGUGGAAACUAUGGGCAGGCUGAGACGAAGGCUGAACUCAUACCCUUUCUUUCCUCUGUUCUUUCAAGAAGGUUCAUUGUUGUAUUAGAUGAUAUAUGGAGAGCAAAUGUAUGGGAGGAUCUACUCAGAUAUCCUUUUGAAAGUGCAACGGCUGGUGGUAGGAUUGUGAUCACCACUCGAGACAUAAAUGUGGCUAAGAAUAUGAGAGCACGGGUCCACUAUGUUGACAAAAUGGGUAGUGAUGAAGGCUGGAUAUUGUUCUGCAAGAAAGUCUUUAGAGAUGACGAGAAGGAAGAGAUCAUUAAUUUAAAAAAAAUUGGCAUGAAAAUUGUUGACAAAUGUGAUGGUCUUCCUCUUGCAAUCAAGACCAUUGCAGGAGUUUUAAGGUCGAAGGAGAGAACCAGCAUAGCAUGGAAUAACGUUCUCAGAAGUGAUGCAUGGUCUAUGAGCCGACUUCAGACAGAACUUCCAGGAGCCUUAUUUUUAAGCUAUGAAGAUUUAUCAUCUGAUCUUAAACAAUGUUUCCUUUUUUGCUCGUUAUAUCCUGAGGACCGUCGGAUGAGUCGUAAUGAUCUUGUUCGAUACUGGUUGGCCGAAGGUUUUGUAAAAUCACAAGGAGAUGUAUUGUUAGAAGAUUUAGCAGAAGAUUACUAUAAAGAGUUGAUUUGCAGGAAUCUUUUACAUCCAGUUCCUACAAACACAGAUCAGAGUUGGUGCACAAUGCACGAUCUGCUACGUUCUCUUGCUCAGUUUUUGAUAGGAGAUGAGAGUGCUGUUGUUGGUGAUGGAAAAACGUGCACCACGAACCCCUUGACCAAGCUUCGUCGCUUGUCAAUUUCAAAUAUCGGAGAGAGGCUAGAAAUCCCUGAUGCAGUGAAGAAGCAGAAUUGCUUGAGGACUCUAAUUGUCUGGAGUAGUCCCAAAACAAAGAUAAUUGAGCAUGAAUUUGGAAGACUCAGGCAGCUACGAGUUUUGAACUUGAACGAUAUUGAACUGGAGAGCCUUCCUGACUCUAUUGGAAACCUGUUACAUUUAAGGCACUUGGAUCUUGAUCGAACGAAUGUCAAAAAGUUACCAGAGUCUAUCGGACGCCUUCAAAAUCUGCAGACAUUGAGUCUCUCAGGCUGUCAAUUCUUGCACAUGCUUCCCAAGGCCAUCACAAAUUUGUGCAAACUAAGAUGCCUUCGCCUCGGUGGAACUCCGUUGAGCCAUCUCCCAAGAGGAAUAGGCAAACUGACACAUCUCAACAAUCUUCGAGGAUUUGUGGUCGGUGAUGAUGGUGGCGAGCAAAACCAGGGGUGCGAUUUGGAGGAGCUACAAUCUCUAUCCCAGCUGAGAGCGCUGCGGAUAGAUAGGUUAGAAAGGUCACGAGCAGGAGCUUCAGUGCUUGCAAACACCUGCUUCCUUAGAAGAUUGUAUUUGCACUGGCAGCCACCCGAAGCUGAGAACAAUCAGCCACGAUGUGGAGAGGACGCAAUCCAAAAUGUGAACAAGAUAUGCAACGACCUUUCUCCUCUAUCCAGCCUAGAAGUGCUUAAGUUCUACAACUUCUUUGGUAGUGGGUUUCCCGGCUGGUUAAUGUCAUCCUUAUUGGGUGCCUCCUUUCCUCACCUGGCAUUCUUGCACCUUGUUGCUUGUAAAUCAUCUCCCCAACUUCCUCCGCUGGGCCUAUUGCCCCAACUAAAAUUCCUUCGGAUUUCAGGAGCAGACGCAAUCGUAACAGUCGGACCCGAGCUUCUUGGUCACUGUGCCUCAGCAAUAACUGCAUUUCCUAGGCUUGAAUACCUGCAAAUCUGGCACAUGCCCAAUUGGAAAGAAUGGUCGUUUGGCGUGGUGGAAGAGGUUGGCGAUGAAAUAAGAGGAGCCUCUAAGCUGUUGCCGCAUCUCAAGUCCCUACAGCUAAAGGACUGUCCCGAGUUAAUAGCUCUUCCGAAAGGUCUGGGCCAUGCCACCAACUUGCAGAAAUUGAGAAUUGUGGGCGCCCACAACCUGAGAGAAAUCAAGAACCUUCCCUUCUUAACUGAGGAACUCUACAUUGGGAGAAACCUGAGGUUGGAAAGAGUAUCCAACUUUCCCUUGCUGAAAUCUUUGCAAAUAGUGAAUUGUUCGAGGUUACAGCACGUGGAGAAUUUUGAUAUGCUGCAAUUCCUGGGCCUGGAACAUCCUUCUACAGUACAGGGGACCUCAGAGAUAGCCUCGCUGGAGUGCCUCACAGACGUUUCCAAUAAUUUUGAUGAACAAAUAGAGCACCUCCCACUGUGGUUAUUGGACCUACUCGGGCAGCAUCAAAAUGCUCCAAUUGCAAUGCAGAACCUCAGAAAAUUUAUACUGAGAUGCAGCUCACCAUUAUUUGAGAGCUUUCGUAAGGAUGCACCAAAUCGGCCCAUCAUUCAGUGGAUCCCUGAGGUCUGGAUCGAAGACAUAGAUGGUCCCUUUCGGAUACGGUGUACCAACCAACGUGCAACCACAAGAGUUUGCACGUGAGCUCUCUUGAGCAAGUUACAAUUUCGUGCGGAUUUAGCAGUUGGGAUGGACUUGCUCAGUGUUUUUACCUUUUUUUCGUCAUGUAAACUUUGUAUUGGACUUGGAUAUCUACUCUGUAAUUUCUGUUUCCUUGUGUUUUGAUGGUAUUAUAUCAUUAUCCUGAAUGUAACCUUAAGAAUUCGUAUGCAAUAAAUCAUGAUUUCAUUCAC